AGCGUCUAGGCCCUUGGCUGGGGGUGAGUUCAGACAAGGGGAGGAUGGAGGAAACGGGCGGAGGCAACCCCCCGAGAUCCGAGGAGGAUUUGUGGGUGGGGGAAGGUCGAGCUGAUGGGUAGCCGCGGUCUAUUAGGGAGGGGUCGUACUGGGGCCGCCCUCCCGCUUCCUUUUUUCAGGCUUUUAGGGCCGGGAGAGACCGCCACCAUUGGUUGACGUUGUCCUCCAACCUCCUGCCUACCCCUAAAGGGGAGUUGGGCAAGAGGGGUGGGGGAGAGAGAAAAAGUAACACAAGCCUCUCCAGUUUACAGCUUUAAAAUGAUUCCUUUUGACGUGGAUCUACUCAGCGCCAACUUGUUGGUGCUUCUCCCGCUCACCCUGGGCCAGGGCGUGUGGUGACUUCAGUGUUGGCCUCGUGUUGUUGGUACUCACUAUCCGAUCCAAACAGGGAAAUGGAUUGACUCAGUCUUGCAGCGAGGCUCGGAGCAGCCCAGGGUCGCAGGUAGAGGUAUGCACUAUUAAUCAUGCUCAAUCGCCAUAAAUGCAUUUCCCUGGUUAAAUGAACAGCUAAUUAGAUUUUUUUUUUUUCUUUUUUGGCCAUUGAUUUUGGUCUUUUUCUCACCAACUAGGCAGGCCUUCUCCACUUCCCUGAAAAUUAAUGUAGUUUUAAAAAUAUCUUCCAGGCCUCUUAAGGUUAAUUUAUAUGUUAAUACUAAUGAUACUGUUAACAUUUUUAUAUAUUUAGUUAGAACAUGUAAUAUUUAAUUUGCUUUGUCCAUAUUGACUCUUAAAACACUUGAGACAGGCCACGUAUUUUUUUGUGAUAUGGACAUGCUGGUAGAGGUGUUAGCAAAAGAAAUUCUUUUUAUUUGCAUUUAGGUUGUUUAGUCCACCUUCUCAAUUAAGUGACUGACGUAUUGAAGAAUAUUGAGAUAUUAUAGAGUUGUUUUUUUUUUAAUAGAAAUCGUAUCUUGAGUAAUACAGUUCAACUUUGGGCUUAUAAAGUACAGGCAGUCCCCAGAUUACAAAGGAGUUAUGUUCCUUAGCCUGUCUUUGAGUCAAAUUUGUACGUAAGUUGGAUUUCUUAGGUUUAUUGGGUAUGGUUCGUAUCUAAGGUCAGUUAGUCAACUCUCUUAGUAUGCAGUAUAUAGUGUAUCUUUCUGUGCAUAAGAGAAACGUUAAAGAAACACUUCCAGAUACACUAAAACAUGUUUAACGUAGUAAUACAGUAACAAUAAUGUUUUGAUUUCCAUUGCAAAGUAGAGCCUGUCUGUUAUUGUGAACAUUGUAUGUACCUUGGAUUUUUAAUAUAAUAGGCUUUACGGGGGCUGGUUGACUACAUACUGAUGUUUUUAACCCAAGAACUUGCCUGUACACUGAAAUAAAUUUGGUAACUUCUUAAAAGGAGCCCACUGUAGGUCUGAUUGUCAUACUAUGAGCUUUUUUUUUUUUUUUAACACUUUUAAAAGGUAAGCCCUUUUUAGCAUGGAUACAGUAUGGUGAAUAAUAUCUAACUCUUAGGUUUAUUUAAGUAGUAAACCUUAAAUAGUUGAAAAUUGGGUUCUGCUCUUUUUGCACCAGGCACUGUUUUAAAACAUAGAAAUGCUAAUGCUAAAGAGGAAGAACUGGCUUUUAAGUUUUGAGUAUUGUGUUUUAGAACUACUUAAGAUUCUACCAGAAAUUAUUUCUUAAGUUGUAAAACUGAAGACCUAGGUUUUGUUAUCAAGACAUCCAGAAGAAAUAAUCGCUGAAAUAUGUGGACCUCUUUUUUCUAAUGGUAAUCUAAGUUUGUAUUGCGUUCAUCCCUUACUUUGGCUAGCCUAACUCAAGGAAUGGAGAUAUCCUUUAUACAGCAAACUGGGGAAAGGAAAUGAAACAGUUAAGCAAUGCAUGAGUCUGCUGAGCAAAGGAAUAUAGCACUUAGAUUUUAAAUGGAUGCUCUUCUGUCUAAAGCCACUGAAAACUGUAAAAUGUAAACAUGGGUAGGUGGAAAAACAGUUUUAGAAAUUCACGCACAAAAAGAACAAGAGUUUUGUUUGCUUUUGUUUUUAAGUUUAGAAAUAAAAAUGGGUCUUACCUUUCCAAAAGACCUUCUUAGGUUAUCUGUUUUAGAGCUAAUAUUCUCAUUCUUUGCUAUUUUUGGAAACCCUGGUGGCAUAGUGGUUAAGUGCGAUGACAGCUAACCAAACUGGUGGCAGUUUGAAUCCAUCAGGCGCUCCUUGGAAACUCUAUGGGGCAGUUCUACUCUGUCCUAUAGGGUCGCUAUGAGUCGGAAUCGACUCAAUGGCACUGGAUUUGGUUUGGUUUUUGGUUUGCUAUUUUUAGAUAAAGUAUGUCAUUUUUAUAGGGUGCCCACCUUAGCAAAGAUGAUACUGUAUCAUUGUUGAUUAUACUUAGUAUGAUGACUCUUCACACUUAUUCAAAAUUUAUAGUCUGGGAAAAUUUUGCAUUGGUUCACAUAAUUAGACUGAAAAUGAGUUACACAUUGACUGAAAUAACAAGAAUGAUGUCUGUAGGUGUGGCCUUUGUAAUUUCAUCUUUAAUCAGGAAUGUACAGUAACUGAUCAUGAAAAAAAUACAGAUAAAAAUUUAACCUAUAAUUUUGUAUCAGAAGUAAUUUCUGUACUGUUUUAGCAUGCUUUCUUCAAGGCAUUUUUAUUUUAUAACGUAGAUCUUUUUAAUUGUCAUGAAAUUGAACUGUUACAAGUAUUUUAAAGAUUUUUUUUAAUUAAUAUCUUUUGCUUUAAGUUGGAGCCUUAAGCCCAUUUUAAAAUGAGAAAUUUUAAGCAACUCAUAAAAAGAUACAAAGUUAAAAUAUGGUCAAGCAUUUUUCCACAAGUAUAUGAAACUAGAUAUACGUAGUAGCAGUUUGAAAAUACUGUUUAGCUUUGUUUCCUUGAGUAAUAUGGGGACCUGAGUCUGUAAUAUGUACAUAUAGUAAAUAGCUACCUCAGGUAGUUUUUGACCCUAGCAGCAUGUGAAGACUAGCUUAAAUAGUAAAAAAAAAAAAAAAAGUUUCAGUUUUAUGUUUGUUUCAGGGUUCCAUAGUUUGGUCUUUAAAGCAUAUUACAGUUAUAUUUAUACAUUUAAAUGUAUGGAAUUAAUAACCCAUUCUGUUAUUUCUUUAUCUUUUAUAUUCUCAUAUUCUUACUAAAAGGUAAAUUUAACUGCUGGCCUACCAAAGAUUUCCUUGCUCCCAUGCGUAUAAGUAUCAGGCUCUCUACAAAGCUGCUUAAAUGAAAUUUCUGCUCUGUAAAGCUGUGUUAAGAUUUUGUUAAAUCAUGAUAGCUUUACUGGUGCUCUUCAAAGAGUUUUUCUAAGCAGUUUUUCAAGAUGAUUUUCAUAAUGCAAGUAAACAAAACUAUACGUAAUGCCAAAAUACCCAACUUCCAAACUUUUGGAAGAGCUACUCUGUUAUGGACUUGGGUUUACUUAAAUCAGACUUAAAAAAAAAAAAAUUCAAAGUAUGAAUGUUUGUCUUGGUCAUCUUUUCUAUUUUCAGGUCACUCAUGUUGAACCAUGGGAGAAAGGAAGCAGGAAAACAGCAGGCCAGACAGGGAUGUGCGGAGGGGUUCGAGGUGUUGGAACCGGAGGAAUUGUUUCUACAGCCUUUUGCCUGUUAUACAAAUUAUUUACUCUGAAGUUAACGCGUAAGCAAGUGAUGGGUCUCAUAACACACACAGACUCCCCAUAUAUUAGAGCUCUUGGAUUUAUGUAUAUAAGGUACACACAGCCCCCUACAGAUCUAUGGGACUGGUUUGAAUCCUUCCUUGAUGAUGAAGAGGACCUAGAUGUGAAGGCUGGUGGAGGCUGUGUAAUGACCAUUGGAGAAAUGCUACGGUCUUUUCUCACAAAACUGGAAUGGUUUUCUACCUUGUUUCCAAGAAUUCCAGUUCCAGUUCAGAAGAAUAUUGAUCAACAGAUUAAAACCCGACCUAGAAAGAUCAAGAAAGAUGGGAAGGAAGGUGCUGAGGAAAUAGACAGACACGUUGAACGUAGACGUUCAAGGUCUCCAAGGAGAUCACUGAGUCCACGGAGGUCCCCAAGAAGAUCAAGAAGUAGAAGCCAUCAUCGGGAGGGCCAUGGUUCUUCAAGCUUUGACAGAGAAUUAGAAAGAGAGAAAGAACGCCAACGACUAGAACGUGAAGCCAAAGAAAGGGAGAAGGAAAGGCGAAGAUCCAGAAGUAUUGAUCGGGGUUUGGAACGCAGGCAUAGCAGGAGUAGGGAAAGGCAUAGAAGUCGUAGUCGAAGUCGUGAUAGGAAAGGGGAUAGAAGGGACAGGGAUCGAGAAAGAGAGAAAGAAAAUGAGAGAGGUAGAAGACGAGAUCGUGACUAUGAUAAGGAGAAAGGUAAUGACCGAGAAAAGGAGAGAGAGCGAUCCAGAGAACGGUCCAAGGAACGAAGAAGUAGAGGUGAGGUAGAAGAGAAGAAACAUAAAGAUGACAAAGAUGAUAGGCGGCAUAGAGAUGACAAAAAAGAUUCCAAGAAAGAGAAAAAACACAGUAGAAGUAGAAGCAGAGAGAGGAAACAUAGAAGUAGGAGUAGAAGUAGAAAUGCAGGAAAGCGAAGUAGAAGCAGGAGCAAAGAGAAAUCAAGUAAACAUAAAAAUGAAAGUAAAGAAAAAUCAAAUAAACGAAGUAGAAGUGGCAGUCAAGGAAGAACUGACAGUAUUGAAAAGUCAAAAAAACGGGAACAUAGCCCCAGCAAAGAAAAAUCUAGAAAGCGUAGCAGAAGCAAAGAACGUUCCCACAAACGAGAUACCAGUGAUAGUAAGGACCAGUCUGACAAACAUGAUCGUCGAAGGAGCCAAAGUAUAGAACGAGAAAGCCAAGAAAAACAACAUAAAAACAAAGAUGAGACUGUGUGAAGAUUUUUUGUAAAAGUGGAUCACAUUGAAUCCUAUAAAUAUUUGAUUAAAUUUGCUUUUUUUUUUUUUUUUCCUGAAUUGAGAUUGUGCAGUAGUUACACACUCUUCAAGCUCCCUUUAGGCUGCAUUUUCAUUUCCUCUUUUCUGUAGGGAAGUGCCUUUGUAAUCCCAUUUAUUGCAUUGAUGUUUUCACCCAGUUGUUGAGUUUGACACGUGAUGCACAGAUUGUUGUUGGCAUUCUUAAUGUUUUUUUUUUAAAUGUACAGUCUGUACAUAUGUCCUGCAAAUGUUCUAAUUCCUUUGGCAUGGUUGCCAUGUUGGUUAAAUUUGUAUAAGGCAAUAAACUGCCACUAAUUCUAUUUUUGUUUUGUAGGCGUGGGAUUAUGGUUUGUGUACUGAAGUUAGCAUGGCUAUGCUUUUCAUAAUAGAAUGCUAAAGACUUUGAGAAUGAUUCUUGGAUGUGUAUUAUAGGAGAAUUAUCUGUGUGCAUUCAAUGUACAUGAAGGCAGCAUUUGUUAGGAUUAACAUUUUUGUCCACUGUAUAUUAUCUCGGAAGGCUCUUGUUACUAUGUUAUACUUAUAUUCUCCAGUUACCUUUAUAGAGAGUUUGAGAAGUUAGUUUCUGAUGCAGAGGUUUAAAUUAGGCUGUGAUUUGAUCAAAAGUCCUUUUAGCAUUCUACCUCAAAGGGACACUUAGUAUGCCUAAAAUUUAUUCACCUAGUUUUCCUUUUUUAUUUGAAAAGAUACAUGACAUGUAAUCUUUUUUUCUUGAAUUCUCAGAUUUUAAAAUACUAUAUUAAAGAGAGAAUUAAUGUCUAAAGCCUAGCAUUUUUGCAGCAACCCUAUACUAACAUGAAAUUGGGAGAGGGUGGGACAGUUGAGUAGAGAAGCGGAUUCAAGCCUCAAGCUUCCAAAUCAUUUUUAUAAAUGGAAAAUAAAUUAUGAAACAGCUUGAUAAUGUCCUUUUUUUAAAAUUGAAAACUUUUUUUAUUGGUAAUGAAGACUGCUGUUUGAGUUUUUAAACAAUCUAGAACAGAGAUAUUAAAGAGUAAUGCUGUGCUGCAUUAUUUAAGACUAUCAGCAAGUUAUUUGAUAAGAUUAUUCUUAUGACUUGUAUUCCAAUUACAGAGAACCAUCAUGAGUGUGGAAUAAAUGCUGGAUUAAAUCCUUUA